AUGUCGGCGUAUGAUGCUGUGCGCUGUUUAUCUCAAGGGGCCAGAGCGACCGACAUCCAAGUCAAUGUUGACGCUGACACUCCAGAGUCACCUAUUGAAGGCGGCAGUUCAGGAGAGGAUCCGGAAAGAACUGACAAGCAGGCUUCAGAAGAGAGGUCGACAAAUGACGCACGUCCACAAUCGCCUGCGCGGCAGAGCGACAGCGACAGCGAUUCUAGGUCUUCGAGGGAUUCGCUUGCCACUACACAAUCCUUUCAGAGUCUAAAUCAAUAUCCAGAGCUAUCCGCUCAAAUACUUGAGAAGCGUGGUCGAUGCAGCACUUCGAUCGACGAACCGCCAGAUUCUAAUAUCGAGACAGUCGUACCGUCGAUUUUAUCUCUUACUGCUAUUGAAGCACUUCCCAGUGACGAGGAAGAUAGCCACAGCUUAUCACAACAGCUCGCUUCAGCUUUGACAGUAGACGACAGCUUCAUGCAGGAUGAGGGUGGUUUAUUCAUCAACGCAUACUUUGAGAAUCCUGAGAGUAUCAGCUAUAUGGCGGAACCUCAAGUAGAAGGGAUAGCCGAAGAGUCAGCAGCUCCAGCAGAUGCGCUUUCUCUUCGUCCCCGGACGCCUGAUAUGCCGGAAACGCCUACUAAUGUUACUAAACAGGUUACGACCCAGUCGCCAUCCCUACAACCCCGUUAUGGCUCAACUCAUAGCGAAGAAGAGGCGGCUGUUGAGGUGUGUCACAAGACAAGUGAAGAAGAGGGAGACGACGAGCACGAAUUAGCGCCCAGACAAUCUCGGUAUUUGAGCCGGCAACUGCUGUCCUCUGGUGCUGCCCUCUCGUGGCCUGCAACUGAAGCAGAUGAGGACGUUACUUUUGCUCAACCCAUAGGACUGCCGAGAGCCCUGUCGACAACAGGAAUUUCGUCUUUCGCAAGUGCAUCUGAACAUCAGGCAACUGAAUCGCCUCGUCCGUCGAGAACAGUGACUUCUGUUGUCGAAGUUCGUGAGCCUAUUAGUCAAUUAUCUACCAAGAAUGCGCAGGCCGCGUGGACGGAAGAGGACGAAGCCCGGGCCAUUGAAAAGUUGCGAGCGCGUGGCGUUAUGUUUGAAUCCGAAGCCGAAACCGAUGAUGCCGAGAUUGGUGAUCAUGAUACUUAUGUGCCUCCUCCACGUCGGAUUGAUCCACUUUGGCAGCCGCAGGAGUCUCAGAAUCUGUUUGACAUGGAUCCGUCACUACUUAUACUUAACAAUGAGGAGAAUCUCGCUUCUGCAAAACCCCCACAUAAAAGACCGACCAAGAAGCAAUUGAUUGGAAAUCUUUUCAGCUACCAGUGCCGACAACGCAGAAAGGAAUUCAGCGACCCUCAUCAAGAAGUCCGCCGUUAUCCAGAGGACGUGCAAGUCACUGCAGUCUUGCACCGCGGGAUUCGGUUUGACAGGAGAGUGCCGCGAGCUGACAUAGAGACAGUGACCAUGAGUUUCCGCGAAUUUCUUGGAGCGCCGGAAGAGCCGGUGAUUGACGCUCGCGGGGGUCAAGUGGUAUUUCUCGAGGGGAAGCGAGACAAUGAAUAUUUGGGGAGGAGCACGCGGGGGAAACGAGUUCCAGAGGGGGAUACCUUCCCUUUCGUGUAUGACACCUACAAGUGA